AAUUAUAUUAUUUUUAAUGGGGUAAGUCUUGGCAUCAGAUUAUGUUGAAUUGUAUACAAUCCAGGAAAAUCAGAACAAUCAAUCUAUGAAUUAAUCGGUUAUCAAAUCUAAAAUUGAGCGUUCUUAAGUAUUAAAAUAUUAAUUAAUAGAUCUAAUCCUAAAUAGCCCCUCAAGUAUAGCCUAAACCAAAAGUGAAUUAAACAAAAAGUGCGAACAUUGAUCAGAUAAAAGGAUUAAGAAUAUACAUAUCUUAAGAGAUGUUUAAUUUUAUUUAUUAUUUCUAGUACCAACGAAUUCCCUGACUUAGAUCCUACUUCAUAUGAAUAGCAUACAAUAAAGGAUGGAUAUUAUUAUGGUAAACUUUAAGGACCAAACAGAGAAGGAGAUGGAGUUUUAGCUCUCAAAAAUCAAGGAUAGUAAAGAGGUAUGUUUUUAUAAAAUGAAUUUCUAGGCUUUAAUGAUUAAGAACAAUUAUACAAAUUCUUUGGUACUUAUAAAAAUGGAUAAGCUAAUGGUCCUGGAUAUGCUUUUUUUCACUAUGAUUACUCAUUUUGGGGAGAUGUUUAACAAAAUUAAUUUAAAGGAAAAGGGAUUCUUAAAACUAAAGACAAUCACUCAUAUCUAGGAAAUUGGGAAGAGAGAAAAUUGAAAGUUGGCAUUAUAUAAACGUUAUUAUUUUAUAUAUCUUAAUAGUUAACUUUAUUAAUAUGUAGGAUAGUUUAAAGAUGGCUUAAGAGAGGGAUUAGGAAAAUGCAACUAUUUUGAUGGAACAAUUAUUAUUGGUAAUUGGAAAUAAGACAAUUUAAAUGGUUUAUGUUAAAUUCAAUUUCUUGAUAAUACUGUGUUUUCUGGAUAUUUUUGUGAAGGUAUGAAACAUGGAUAAGGACUUUUGAAACAAUAAAAUUAAGAAUAUUUUGGUGAAUUUGAUUGCAAUGUUAAAAAUGGUUUAGGAUUGUUAAUUUAACCUGAUGACAGUUAAAUGAAUUAAUCUUAACAUCGUCAAAAGCAUAGUAUAUAAAAUUGAAAAAUAUAAUAGCUGAAAUGCUCUAUAUUUAAGGAGUCCAAAAAGGAUAUUUUUGUGUUUAUACUGACAGAUAAAACAAAUAAUGGUUUUAAAAGAAAGAUAAUAAUGAAAUAGAAAAGUUAGAAUUUAUUACAGAAAAGAGAGGUUUAGCAGAACUUUUAGGUUAAGAAAAAAGUUUGGAGCAUUCUAAAGUAUAAACUUUAUAAACUUUUAGGCUGAUUUAGAAAAGAAUGUUUAAUCUAUGAUAUGGGAAGUAGAAGAAAUCUAAAACAAUUGCACUCAAUUUAUGUCAUUAGAAAAAUAAAUUGAUUCUUAAACAAUAAAAUUGGGCCAACUUGCAACUUAUUAAGAAUGGAUUGACCAGAAUAAAUAGUGAUAUAAAC